CUUGCUAUUUACAACCAUAUUUGCUACUAUAGCAAUUGCAUUUACUCUCUCUCUCUGUUCUUCAUCCUGACUAGCUUGCUAGUUCAGCAUUACAUGCAAAGAGAGGAACAAGAAAUUCAAAGAAUGGAUGGUUCUGAUCAUCAUAUUGUGCCAUCUUUCUUUAUCUGCCCAAUAUCUCUUCAAAUUAUGAAAGAUCCAGUUACUAUAUCCACAGGUAUGACCUUUGAUCGAGAAAGCAUACAGAAAUGGCUUUUCUCUUAUAAAAACAUCGCUUGUCCUAUUACAAAACAACCCCUCUCUGAUUUCCGUCUCACCCCAAACUCUAAUCUUCUUCGCUUGAUCCAAUCAUGGCACUUGCAACACGCAUCAUCAUCAACAACAAAGUUUGCGGAGCCUAAUCAUGAUGCCUUGAUGAAAGUGCUUUUUGAGGAGAUCAAGCAACCCCAUUUACAGGUAAAAUCUCUCAGAAAGAUCAAGUCAUUAAUCCAAGAGAAUCAUGGUGAUAAUAGCAGGAUUAGUUGCAUUAGAGAUGAUAGUUUAUUUUCCCUUGCAGUAUCUCUUGUAGUACAAACUGAGUUACCAGGGAUUCCACAGAUUACUGGUAAUGACACUCCGGUGAUCGCUGAAGCGGUGUCUUUGUUAUGUCUUUUAUGUCCAUCUGAUGAGGCAUUAAAGAUGGUUUCACAAAAUGAAAAUGGCCUAUUAAUCUGUUCACUAUGUUCAAUUAUGACACAGUAUCUGAGCAAUCUACAGCUUAGAAUUCAAGCUGCUCUUGUCCUGAAGUCCAUAUUCGAAGUGGUAGAUGACAUGUACAAGGAAGGACUUAAAUUUGAGUUCUUUGAGAAUAUCAUUGAGAUAUUAAAGGACCAAAAUUCAAAACAUGGAAGCAUGGCAGUUUUAGCUAUUUUAAUAAGAGUUUUAUCAUAUGGGAAGAAUAAAGAGAAAGCUAUUAAGGGAGGAUGCAUUCCGAUCCUGAUCGAGUUGCUAGCUGAGGAAAAUGAGAGGCAUGUCUGCGAGAUGAUGUUAGUCGUUCUAGAAAAACUGUGCCAGAAAGCAGAAGGGCGGGCGGCCUUUUUGUCACAUCCAGCAGGCAUGGCAGCUGUGGUAUCAAAGAUCUUGAAGGUUUCCCAUGUUGGAGAUGAUAAAUCAAUAAGUUUGCUGUCAUGUGUCUUAAGAUUUUGUACUAGCAGUGGUGAGGCUGCUCAAGAAUUUAUGGAGGUGGGUGGAAUGACUAAGAUUUGCUUGGUGAUACAAAGUGGAAGCAAUUCAAAAACCAAGGAAAAGGCCAGGGAAAUUUUAGGGUUUCAGUACUUCAAAACAUGGAACAAGUCUCCUUGUUUCCCCUCUUCAUUCAAAGCUUGAUUAAUUACCUUGCGUCCACAUUGUAGAGAGAACCAUUAAUUUCUUGCGAAAGCUAUACUUAUGUGCAUUAUUUUUUUCCUGGUUAUUUGUUAUGUUUUUCAAGUGGAUCGAAGACCGUUCUGUUCAUCCCC